UUGGAGCGUUCGCUCUGCAGCAUUCCAGGUCCACAGCGGUGCUACGCAGCAAACACAACCAUUCUAAGUGCGCGAAAUCCCUGCUCGCUGGAAACGAAGUCAUACCGGCAUUACCAUGGACAGCUCCUAACUAUGGCGCUGGCGAUUUCUAUUUCUAUGUCUAUGACAUGCAGUCAUGUGUGCAUCAAUUAUAUAAAAAUCUAUAGACAGGAUUGAUCUCUUCUUUAAAAAAUCCUGGUUUAUCCCUUAUACUCCUCGGUGCCGUUUGAAAGCGUGUGAAACUUCAUGCGUACAGGUUGCUCCGAGGCUGGGGGGAGGUGAGACGAGAAAGGAAAUCAAAGUGAAUCGCGAUUUGAGUGUUUUAAGAACACGAAAUGGGAGAGGAAACAGUAACACCAGUACAACUCAAGCUGUAAUUGCGUCUGGAUCCACACACAAGCCGCGACAGUGACGGAACCCGCAUUGCAACACGAAGUCAGCACCCGUCUGCCCGGUUCGUUCCCUUUCCCUGGAAACAGACUGGCGGUCGGACUGCGCCGCGACUCCUGCGUGACAUUGUAGGGAGAGCCGCUAAUCCCAAAAGAAAGGCGUUUGGAAGUUUGGAAGAAAUGGGGUUACAGAAAUCCGGCCACUCUGUAACGGCGGCAGAUAAAUUCUGAUCAGCGUGUCGCUUAACGGGAAAGGGGGGUUUCUGGCACCACCUGUUCUAUGGGACGGAGGUCGAUGCGAAACUAAGGUGAACUUCGUUUUUAAAACCGUCAGUCCCUCACCCAUCGCAGCCUGGUGGGACGGGAGUGCAUUAUCCAUUCCUUCCACACUUUUCCGUGCGAGCGGGAGAGGGAUGGAGGGUGCACGGGAGACGAUUUGGGGAUUAUAAUUAGGGCCAUGGCACACGGAGACACCAGAAGAGGAAACAUGAAUGGAGAGUGUUCCCAGCAGACGGAGGAGGGUGGCGGGCGGAGGGCCGCUGGUGACCGUAGCCGGGCAACGGAGCCACUCGAGUGCAAGAAGAACCGCUGUGGCAAGUGCAAGACAUGCACCUCACGCUGCCAUAAGUUUGUGAUCUCGCGUGUGGGAGAGGACUGGAUCUUCCUCAUCCUCCUGGGCCUCCUGAUGGCCAUGGUCAGCUGGUUCAUGGACUACGCCAUCGUGUUCUUUCAGCAAGCACAGAAGUGGAUGUACCAGGGGCUGGGCUAUAACGUGCUGAUGCAGUACCUGGCCUGGGUCACCUACCCUGUGGUGCUCAUCACCUUCUCCGCUGGGUUCACCCAGAUACUGGCUCCACAGGCUGUGGGCUCCGGUAUUCCCGAGAUGAAGACCAUUCUCCGGGGCGUGGUGCUGAAGGAGUACCUGACCUUCAAGACAUUCGUGGCCAAGGUCAUCGGCCUGACCUGUGCCCUGGGCAGUGGCAUGCCCCUGGGGAAGGAGGGCCCAUUCGUUCACGUUGCUAGCUUGUGUGCUGCAUUGUUGAGCAAGUUCAUGUCUCUUUUCGGUGGGGUCUACAUGGAAGAACCCUUUGAAGGAAACAAGAACGAGCUGCGGAACAUCGAGAUGCUGUCGGCCGCUUGCGCUGUAGGAGUGGGCUGCUGCUUCGCCGCUCCCAUUGGAGGUGUGCUCUUCAGCAUUGAGGUGACCUCCACCUUCUUCGCUGUGAGGAACUACUGGAGGGGCUUCUUCGCUGCCACGUUCAGUGCCUUCAUCUUCAGAGUGCUGGCCGUGUGGAACCAGGACGAGGAGACCAUCACAGCCCUGUUUAAGACGCGCUUUCGUUUGGACUUUCCCUUCGACCUACAGGAGCUCCCGGCCUUCGCCGUGUUGGGGAUUAUCAGUGGAUUUGGAGGUGCUCUGUUCGUCUACUUGAACAGACUGAUCGACCAGUUCAUGCAACAGCCAAAAAGCAUUAACAAAGUCCUGAUGAAGAAUCGGUUGGUGUACCCAGCCUUGGUCACUCUGCUCAUAUCGACUCUGACCUUCCCCCCUGGGUUUGGCCAGUUCAUGGCUGGACAGCUGACCCAGCACGAGUCCCUGGUGGCUCUGCUGGAUAACCGGACCUGGACCAAGCAGGGCGUGGCUGACGAGUUUUACUACAUCGGCCCCGUCAAGGUGUGGAAGCAUCCGCACGUCAACGUGUUCAUCACACUCAUCCUCUUCAUCAUCAUGAAGUUCUGGAUGUCCGCUCUGGCCACCACCAUGCCUGUUCCAUGUGGGGCCUUCAUGCCAGUUUUCCUCAUUGGGGCAGCGUUCGGUCGGCUGGUGGGGGAGAUCAUGGCAGCCUGGUUCCCAGACAGCAUCCAUCCCGACGGCAGCAUCUACCCCAUCGUCCCCGGGGUGUACGCUGUAGUGGGUGCAGCGGCGCUCGCGGGCGCGGUCACGCACACGGUCUCGACGGCGGUCAUCGUGUUCGAGCUCACCGGGCAGAUCUCCCACAUCCUGCCCGUGAUGAUCGCGGUGAUCCUGGCCAACGCCGUGGCCCAGAGCCUGCAGCCCUCCCUGUACGACUCCAUCAUCCGAAUCAAGAAGCUGCCCUACCUCCCUGAGCUGGGCUGGGGCCACCACGAGAGGUACAGUAUCCAUGUGGAGGACAUCAUGGUGCGGGAGGUGCGCUUCCUCACGCUGAACUGCUGCUACAGAGAUCUGCGGGACGUGCUGCUGAUCAGCCACCUCAAAACGCUGGCACUGGUGGAGUCUACAGAGUCGAUGAUCCUGCUGGGCUCCAUCGAGCGUUCGCGGCUGCAGUCCCUGCUCUCGCAGCAGCUGAGUCAGCCGCGCGGGCGGGAAUACCGCCGCGAACACGCCCAGGACCCGCCCAGCGACCUGUCCCCGCCCAGCGACCUGUCCCCGCCCAGCGACCUGUCCCCCCAGGAGCAGACCCGCAGCCAGGAGACCCUGCUGGAGCAGGAGCAGGAAGUACGCUACCUGAUCUCUACAGAGAGGUCCUCUCUCAGCUCCCAGAGGCCCCUGAAAUCUGUCCUCAAGAGGGAGAGCAGCGUCAAGAACAUGGAGACUCAGCCCAGUGCUUUGAGGAGCUCUAACUCGGCCCUGCAGAAGGACCCCGUGGAGAACAACGGUGGAUCGGUGCCCCCCGAGAGCCGGAAACAGAAGAGAGUGAGGAUAACGACCGCGGAAGUCCCACGUGUGGAUGAUGACAUGACCUUAACAGAGGUUUCCGAGUGGGAGGAGCUACAGCUGGCAGAGCCAGUCGACUUCAACAACUGCAAGAUUGACCCCGCCCCCUUCCAGCUGGUGGAACGCACAUCACUGCACAAGACCCACACCAUCUUCUCCCUGCUGGGCCUGGACCACGCCUAUGUCACCAGCAUCGGCCGGCUGGUUGGCGUCGUUUCACUCAAGGAGCUGCGUAAGGCCAUCGAGGGCUCGGUGACGGUAAAAGGGGUGAAAGUGCGCCCCCCGCUGGCCAGCUUCCGCAACAGCGGCUCCAGCAGCAGCAGCAGCCGGGAGCAGGAGUCCACGGAGCUGCACCGGCUCUGGAGGCGUCACCGGACUCUGACCCUCCCGCGCGAGCCCCUCCCCUCCGGUCCCGCCGGCCAAUCGCGGCUCGCCUCGCAGCGACCGGACGAAUCGCAGCAGGCCUACGCGCAGAGCCCCGCCCGCGACAAGCACGACCCGCCGCGCGGCUACGCCCCCUCCUACGCGGGGGAGGAGCCGGAGCGGCCGCCGCUCCAGCAGAGCCCCUCCCCCGACGGCAGCCAGCCGCCGCUCCCGCUCGACCGUAGCCCCUCCCACAGCGGCAGCGAAUCGCGGCUGCUGUACCAGAGCGGCCCCGCCGACAACGACAGCGAAUCGCUGUCCUUGUACGACGACAUGCCCACCCCCGACGACAGCGAAUCGCUGCCGCUGUACGACAACGUGCCCACCCCCGACGACAGCGAAUCGCUGCCGCUGUACGAGAAUAAUCCCUCCCACAAUGCUAGCGAAUCAAUGCCGCUGUAUGAACACAGCCCCUCCAAUGAAAAUGAGCCACAGCUGCCAUAUGACUACGCCCCCUCUUACAGCGACAACAUAUCGUUUGAACAUAGCCCCUCCCACGACCAGGGACCACACCUAGUGUACAAAUUUAGCCCCUCCCACAAUGCGUACAAAUCAGUGUACAGCUCCCACAGCACGGACCAAUCACAGCUCUCGUUUGAACACAGCCCCUCCCAUAAUGUGACCAAAUCCCAGUUGCCAUUCAAAUACAGCCCUUCCCACAGCGAGGACCAAUGA